AUGGAAGAAAACAAAAACCUUGACGAUACCCAGAUGCAUGCUGCAUAUCUCACUGACAAAGGCAAAGGAAAGCUUGAGUAUGGAGUCCUAGAGAGGCCCAAACCUGGCAGAGGCCAGGUCUUGAUUAGAGUUGAAGCCGCUCCACUAAACCCAAGCGAUAUCUACUGUAUGGAGGGAAGAUAUGGAGAAUUUGCUGAUUUCAAAUAUCCAUUUACUCCAGGAUGGGAAGGGUCAGGCACUGUAAUAGAGUCUGGAGGUGGCAUCCAUGCUUGGUACUUGAAUGGUAAGAGAGUAGCCUUCUCGAAAUGUAAUGAAGACUUAACAGGGGGAGAAAUUAAGGUUGGAGGAUGCUAUGCUCAAUAUGCUAUUACUAAUGCUUAUCAAUGCGUUCCUCUUGACGAUGAUGUAUCAUUUAGCGCUGGUGCAAGUUUCUUUGUUAACCCAAUGACAGCAGUAGGACUUGAGGAAGAAGUCAGAAAGGACAGAGGAACAUCUGUCAUUCUUACAGCUGGGGCUUCACAAUUAGCAAAAAUGAUCACGAGACUCUUAAGCAAUGAUGUCACUGUAAUCUCUACUGUUAGGAAAGAGACUCAGAGAGAAGAACUUCAUAAAGCCUUUCCUGAAGCACUCGAUAAUGGCAGACUGAUUGUGCUAAACACUGAAGAUGAUGGCUUCCUUGAAGAAUUCAAAAACACUGUUAAAGAAAACAACUGCAAGCAUCUCCUUGAAUGUAUAGCUGGAAGCAUGUGUGGAAAACUUUUAUCAGUAAUGCCAGAGAAGUCCAAAGUAGUUCUUUAUGGAGCCCUUUCGAGGUCAAAUGUAUCAGAGAUUGACCCAUUCUCUAUCAUAAACAAUCAGUUGAUACUCAAAGGGUUCCUUCUAACUCAUUGGGUAGAAUCUAAAAACCUACUUUCCUUGAUCUUUAUCAUUAGGAAGGUAAAGGGAAUGCUACAAAACGAUCUUUCUUCAGAAAUCCAGAAGGAAUACGACCUUAAAGACAUCAAGGAUGCCAUUGCUUUCUACGAAGACAACAUGAGUGGUGGAAAAGUCAUCCUCAAGCCAUGGGGAGUGGAAAACUAAAUAUGUAAUUUCAGGAUAAAACUUCAC